UAUGUUGACUUAGUUCGAGGACAGUAAAGGGAUGGCAUUAUCCAAGUUGCGUUGCCGAUCGAGAACAGACAAAAUUAAACUCCCGAGUGUAAAAGACCAUCAAAAUUGCAGAAAGAAGGAACUGCAUGCAACUCGAACUAAGACAAGAGCAGGCAGGAUCUUAUCGGACCCGAGUCCACAUCCUGACUAGCAGCUCUUCCGGCUCCUUCCCUGGAGUUAGUCAUUACCGAAAAAUGCGAAGUAAAACUAGCACCCAUUCCAACAGCGUCAUCCCUUUUGCAGUUCAUUUCUUAGCUAACUUAUGAUUCAACUGCCACAUGCCGCUAGUUUUUUUUUUUUUUUUUUUUUGCCUCGGGUUUGUUGUCAGGUUCUGCCAGGACAAUUAGCAUGAUUUGCAUUUGCGCAAUAGACAAUGUUCCAGAUUAUGGCACAACUCACUCCUUGAAGUCUUAACACCCUUUGCAAAAUGGUCAUUGCACUGGAAUAUUGCUCUAUUCACUCUAACUGCCCGAAAUGCUAGACGACUGCAUCCUUUGCACAAAUCCUGACAUCCCGCUGCGGAACUCAACAUGUCAGAGGGCGACUUUACCAGAGACAAAUUCCUUGUGUUCUUACAUACUUGGCCAAUAAGGAUGAUUUAUGUUUUAUGUGUGAAUUCUACAAUUUCUACUGCAUCUAUAAAAAACAUAAAAUAUUAUUGUUAUCGAAGCGCUGCAGUCGACGGAAAGCGCUUCAGUGAGUCUUGUUCCAAUUUGCGAUCUCGUCUUCACUCGGUAAAUCUCGACGGUGAUCGGCACGGGGAAACAAGGCGACCAAUGAGAAGCGUCGAAUCAGGACGCCCCGCCUUUCCGGUUAAACCAACCAAUGUCGUUCACAGUCUGACAUUUCCUGCACUCCUGCUUCGUAUUGUUUCCCAUUUCUUUCUGCUAAUUUCACUUUUUUUCGCGUCGCUAAAUAAACUUCUGGAACUGUUCCCUUUCUUUUGGCUCUUGUUGUUUUAGGAAUGUGACCCGCCUGCGAACGGAAAGCCGCUAGCAAGUGGCAGCAAGCCAACGCCAGCCCGGCUAACGUCAGCUAGCGGCUAGCUGUGCUAGCGCUUCUCAUUGUUUUUGCAACGACGGAGAAAAGCUGCUGAAUUUUAUCGUUAUGACGUCUGCUUCAGCUAAGGUGGGCGAGAUCUUCUCGGCGGCCGGCGCAGCUUUCAGCAAACUGGGCGAGCUGACCAUGCAGCUGCACCCGGUGUCCGACAGCAGCCCCGCAGGGGCCAAGUGGACGGAGACGGAGAUCGAGAUGCUGCGCUCGGCCGUGCGGCGCUUCGGCGACGACCUCAACAGCAUCAGCAGCGUGAUUAAAGAUCGCACCGUCGCUCAGAUCAAGAGCACAGUGAAGAGGAAGUUGUACGAGGACAGCCGCCUGCCGCUCUCCGUCGACUCGCCCAAGAAGAGCGCCAAGAAAGCCGCGGCCCCCGCCUCGCCCGCAGCCGUCCCCGCCACGCAGGUUGGCGCGACGACGGGCAUGCAGAGCGGCCCCUCUCUGGCGCCGCCCAUCAAAAAGCAGAAGACCGCAGACGUGACUCUGAGCGCGCUCAACGACUCCGACGUCAACAGCGACCUGGUGGACAUGGACGGACUCGGCAAGAAGCUCAACUUCGACCAGGAGAAUCUCAACCUGGACUCGAGCCUCAUCAUCAACCCCGGAGACCUGCCGCUGCUGUCCCGCUGACCGGCGCUGCGCCGCCUGCAGGUUUUUUUUUUUUUUUAAGCGGACCACCAGCUCGGAACAAUCGCAAGAUAUUAAAUGUUCGCGUGAGUGUUUCCUGUUUGUCAAAUGUUUGGUGACAGCAAUAAUUUCUGCAAACACGGAGUGAGAUUCCUUUGUGAAGCAUCCCGGCUGAUGGACAAAAUCAUCCUGAUUUUCCAUUGUAGACUUUUGUUUUAUUUUCAUAAGGUUGCAUAAAAAUAGUUCAGUUCUCACAUAGACAA